AUGACGAAAGGGAAUCAGUCUUUGCUUAAGAAAUUUGAGGAAACUCUGUCAAAGGGGGCUAUGAUUUGGUAUCAUAACUUGCCCGAGCACUCGAUUGAUUCAUUUGCCAUGCUCGCUGAUGCUUUCGUUAAGGCACAUGCCGGGGCCAUCAAGGUCGAAACUCGAAAAUCGGACUUAUUCAACGUUAAGCAACGAGAUGACGAGACCCUUCGCGAGUUUGUGGCUCGAUUUCAAAUGGAGCGCAUGGACUUACUUCCAGUUACUGACGAUUGGGCCGUUCAGGCUUUCACCCAAGGGCUCAACUCGAGGAGCUCGAUCACAUCUAUGGAGCUAAAACAAAACUCGAUAGAAUACCCGCGAUCGCCGGGCUCGAUGUACAACAGGUAUCAGUCGAAGAUCAGGAUCGAAGAUAAUAAGAUUCUGAAGGCCGCUUCAGUAUCAUGGCAUUUCGGUAAAGAAAGUGAUCGCUCGAGGAGAGUGAUAGAUCGAGAUUCCAGAUUGUCAUAUGAUAGGUACCAGCCUUACCCGCUCGAUCGAAGGGGGAACAGGCGUAACAGCGAAUCGGGCAAGAAUGAUAGGAGAAACGAUCGAAGGAACGAUCGAGGCCAAAAUAGCCGUGAUUUGGUAAACAGAAAUGUUGUCGAUAGAGCUCCGGGAAACAGAGAAACUCCAAGGUUAUCCGAGUACAACUUUUGCGUCGAUGUAGCAGCCAUAGCGGCAACCGAUAGGCCGGAAGAGCCUCAGCAGGUGAUACACAUGAUCAUGGGAGGAACUGACAUUCCCAUUGGGCCGGUUAUGAAGCGCACAAAAAUUUCCAUAACGAGGGAAAAGCGUAUUCGGAACGAUGACCCCGAUGGCCCCAUUACAUUCAAUGACGAGGACAUGGAAGGCAUCGCCCAGCCGUAUAAUGACGCACUGGUAAUAUCUGUCCUUGUCAAUAAGUUUAGAAUUAAACGUGUGCUGAUUGAUCCAGGUAGCUCGGCUAAUAUCAUCCGAUGGAGAGUCAUCGAACAGCUGGGACUACUAGAUCAGAUCGUGCCGGCAAUACGGGUCCUCAAUGGAUUCAACAUGGCAUGCGAAACGACGAACGGUGAGAUCACUUUACUGAUCAGUAUGGCAGGAACUACGCAGCAGAUAAAAUUUUAUGUGAUAGAGGGAGACAUGGGAUACAAUGAAUUGCUGGGCAGACCGUGGAUUCACCUCGUAAGAGCGGUUCCCUCGACCAUGCAUCAGGUAUUGAAAUUCUCGACUCCAGAAGGUAUCAAAAUCGUCCGUGGUUUUGCUAGCCGCAAAAGAAAUGUUCGCGGUUGA